UGCACUCCACUCGACUCGACCUACUCCCCAGUUCUCCGUUUGGAUCUAAUAAAAACGCGACGGCUCUGCGCAUUGAAAUUAGAAUCUCACGUACUGUACUCCCGUCGUAGUCGUUGCAGGUGGCCAGCGAGUAGUCGAGGCCCAAAUUGAGUGAACGCGUCUUCCGGGUACCCGUCCGUCGAUUGGCACACAGAAAACAGCGGAAUUCGCUAAUUGUUAUAAAAAGAUCGGCCCGUUGGCCCAGAGAGGCAAAAGCAUCCAGCGUCACAUCAGCAAGGCACAAAACUGGCGCUCGCGUCCUCUGCCGCCUCGAUUACUCGUUCCAAGACCAGGCUCUCCUUCUGAGGGAUCUUUACGUUUUUGGUGGAACUUGAAAGGAAUACGCGCAUAGCCUUGAGCGAAUUCGAAGGAUUGUCACUGGUUGCCAUCCACUGUUGGGAUCAUACUUGCUUACUCUGCCUACUUUUGGCAAUUUUCCUUGGAAUAUAGUUAGACCUCAAAUUAGGGGAGCCGUUGGCUCCAACGGAUUGAUAGGAGGGAUACCCCGCUUUUUUUCUAACACAGCGUGUCGCAGUUUACAACGCAGGCCAACAUGGCCAGGGCAAUGCAUCACAUUUUGGCCAUCGGGUUGCUGUGCUGUGCACUCCACUGCAAGUUAACAACGGCAUACGAUGAGGUAGACGUAAUUCUUGAGUCUGGAAUUUCGGCCAGGACACCGGGAGUAAGGGAAACGAAAACACCGGAGGGAGCACGUGCCUUCAAGGUGCGGCCUAAGGAUCGCGACCUAGGCACCGACCAGAGCACUCUGGAGCACCUGUUGAACUCCAUGAAAGAAGACGAAGGCUUCAUCCUGAUCGCAGUCGCCUCCCAGGACCCGAAAAACCGCGGGACACUAGUCUCCAUCGACCGCACCGACGGACGAGUCCGCGCCUUCGGGUUUCACAUAGACCGACGGAACGACGACGCAGUGGUGCAGUUCUCCGAGUUCGGCUCGGGCGAGCCAGAGGAGCGUGAGCUGGAAUUUUCCCCUCUCAACAUCGGCAAAGACGACGUUGAUCUGCACACCUUCGUGUUGGAUGUGCGCGGAAAUCUGAUGACUCUCUAUAUGGACUGUCAGUUGAUCGGACUGAAGAUCCUUCCCUCGUCGUUUUACAUGAACAUGGAACCAGAUAAUAUGAAACUUCGACUUGCCAAAGGACUUCCGGGCAGAAACAACGUGAUGGAUUUCAAGGGGACCCUGGCCACCGUCAAGUUCGCUUUCCAGACCAGCACCACGGAAGUGCUGAUCAGCCAGGGCUGUGAGAUCGAGCCAGUCUUCUCCUCCUCCCAGAUCAGCUUCGGGAGUAGCUUCCCCCUGCCGAUGGGAGACUCGGAGCCCAGCCACCUAAGCCUAAGCAGUGACGCGGUCAUGCCUGGACAGGAAGGCAAUGUAGAACCUAGCUCGCCUAACAGCAACAGCAACAGUAACGCUCACAGCGAUAGCAUGAGUUUCGGCAACAGCGGCCACAGCGACAGCAUGAGCUUCAGCAACAACGCCCGGCCGGAAGUCGGCGUCCCCGUGCAGCCCGGCGUCAACGUGGGCAGCCUGAACCCAGUCCCCAGCACGGGCGGCAACGUCAUGCCGCAGCCCGUGCCCCACACCCCGCCUCACCUGCCGAGCACAGGCUACGUGCAUCCCAACGCCGCGCCUACGGAGAACACCAUGCAGGGACAGUGCGCCUACACCUGCGAGCAGAUCAGCAAUCUCAACAACCAGGUGCAGGUGCUGAGUGACGGCUACGACGAGAUGUGGAACAAACUGGAGCAUUUUGAGAACCAAAGGCCGCCAGAGUGGCCUACCCAGCAAGGAUGCUGGUACAUGAAGAUGUAUUACGAGGAUGGGGCUGUCUUCAAAGUCGACAAGUGCAAAUCAUGCGAGUGCCGAGUUGCCGACGGGCUGCCAACAGUGGAAUGCUCCAUCAUCAAAUGCUUGCCAGGGAAGUGUGCAAACCCAGUGAUAAUGGAAGGGGAUUGUUGUCCAACGUGCCCCAACGACAACCUUGGUUGGAGCGACUGGGCAGAAUGGACAUCGUGCUCAGUCACGUGUGGCAACGGUAUCCAACAACGUGGGAGGUCGUGCGACCGGACUCAGUUUGAGUGCAACGGGAACGAUGUUGAAACCCGCGUCUGCUACCUCGAUCCUUGCAUUGAGGUUGUCGACGGCGGCUGGAGCAACUUCACCCCGUGGUCUUGCGGGGUGACGUGCGGUAACGGCACGGAGAGCAGGAUGCGGUCCUGCAAUUCCCCCAGGCCUAAGAACGGAGGGCGACGGUGCAAGGGAGAGGAAGAAGGAGCUGGUCGGGAGGAAAGACCGUGCGUCAGAGAUCCGUGUCCCGUUGACGGGCAGUGGGGCCAAUUCUCCGAAUUCACCCCUUGUACCAAGACGUGCGACGGCGGCUGGCAGGAGCGGUAUCGCUUCUGCGACAGUCCGGCACCAGCCCAUGGCGGCCAAGAGUGUAUUGGCUCCAACACCGACCGGCGCAUGUGCAACGAAUGGCCAUGUCCGAUUGAUGCUUGCCUAUCCAGUCCGUGUUUUGACGGCGUUGAGUGCGUCAGUUUCGCCGAUGGUCGGUACGAAUGUAAGGACUGCCCUGUCGGCUACACUGGCAACGGUAUCGUUUGCCAAGACAUCAACGAGUGUCUUCUAGUGUCCGAUGCCUGCUUCAACUUCCACGGUGAGCACCGCUGCAUCAACCUCGUACCGGGCUACACCUGCCGCAAAUGCCCCAUCGGUUACAGAGGCAACCAGCCCUCAGGGAUGGGAGUCUAUCACGCCAGGAGAUACAAACAACAAUGCAUUCCCAUCAACCCUUGCGCCGAAGGGACGUCCAGUUGUCACCUUGAUGCCAGAUGUAUCUUUUAUGGACCCUAUUCGAAUCCGCAGUACGGCUGCAAAUGUAAAACAGGCUUUGCUGGUGAUGGUUUUGCAUGCGGUUACGAUAGUGAUCUGGAUGGUUGGCCGGACGAGCAGCUAGAUUGUGAAGACCAGGGAGACUACUUGCAUUGUACACGGGAUAAUUGCCCUGCUCUGCCAAACAGCGGCCAAGAGGACAACGAUGGCGACGGUAAAGGUGACGCUUGCGACGAUGACGAUGACGACGAUCUCGUCGAUGAUGUUGCGGACAACUGUCAGUACAUCUCCAACUGGCAGCAGCAUGACAUCGACGAUGACGGGGUGGGUGACGAGUGUGACAAUUGCCCGUACUUUAGUAAUACCCGACAGGAGGACACAGACGGUGACGGAGAUGGCGAUGUCUGCGACCCCGAUAUAGACGAUGAUGGCAUAGUGAACGAAGAGGACAACUGUCAGUUCGUAGCGAAUGCCAGACAACUUGACUUUGAUGAAGAUGGUUAUGGGGAUGUAUGCGACAACUGUCCAGACUACGGCAACCCAGAUCAAACUGAUAGUGACGAUGACAAUGUUGGCGACGUUUGCGACACUGACAGGGACAUUGAUAAUGAUGGACACCAAGAUGAUCUGGACAACUGUUGGAACAUCGCCAACAGCGAUCAGGCAGAUCACGAUCAGGAUGGCAUUGGGGAUGCUUGUGACAUGGACGAUGAUAACGACGGCAUUGAAGAUGUCGACGAUAAUUGCCGUCUGAUAUUCAACCCAAGUCAGAAUGAUACAAACGAGAAUGGCCGCGGUGAUGCGUGUGAGUACGAUAACGACGGCGAUGGCGUGACCGAUCUUCAAGAUGCCUGUCCAAACAACGCCAACAUCCAGCGGACGGAUUUGUCGCACUUCCAGCUGAUCAAGCUGGACCCAGAGGGCUCGGCCCAGAUCGACCCUCACUGGAUCGUCAGGAAUAGAGGCCAAGAGUUGGUUCAGACGAUCAACAGCGACCCUGGACUCGCAAUAGGCUACGACGAGUUUACAGCGGUCGAGUUCAGCGGCACUUUCUACGUUAACACGGAGCGAGACGAUGACUACGCUGGCUUUGUGUUCGGCUACCAGUCUAAUCAUCGGUUCUACUCCGUUAUGUGGAAGCAAGUCACGCAGAAAUACUGGGAACCAAUGCCCACGAUGUCGGAGGCCACGGCUGGUCUUCAGCUCAAGUUGAUCAACUCAACAACUGGUCCUGGGGAAUAUUUAAGAAAUGCGCUGUGGCAUACUGGAGACACAGGAGAUCAGGUCAAGCUUAUCUGGAGUGACGCCAAUAAAAUAGGCUGGAAAGAUUUCACAGCGUACAGAUGGAUCCUAACGCAUAGACCGAAGACAGGCUACAUAAGAGUUACCAUGUACGAGGGUAGCAAGGUGUUAGCGGAUUCUGGCGCCCUCUACGACUUCACGUUACAGGGUGGACGCAUCGGUCUGUUCUGCUUCUCACAAGAGAUGGUCUUCUUCUCUGACCUCCAGUACAAAUGCCUGGACGAGGAAUAAAACUGGAGACAUUGUAGCCCCGUAGCGACUGCGUACAACGAAAACGCGACGAACUACCGCCUUGGCAGCUGUAAAUAGACUGACUUUACGGAGUAUGUGCGUCUACAGUUUAAUAUCUCAGUUUAUCGGUCGUAUCAACGGUAAAGGGAAAGACAACAGUUUCAGCUGCAUCGGCGAUGCUAAGCACGCUGCCUACAUCAUUGCAUUUGGAAUAACUUGGCCAUAAUCAUCGUGGCAUCUGCAGUCCAUUCUAUGCAUACCGUCAUAGCCAGGGAAUUCGACCGUAUAUCAUGGAACAUGGCAUUGGACCAUUUUGCGCAGACGGGACUAGCGGAGAACACCACCGCACUCCGGAUAUGUGAAACAGUACGCAUAUACUUAUUAACUUGAAGACAAAGUAUUAUAAAGUUAUAAUAGAUAUUGUUAUUAUUCUUGUGUAAAUCGGCGCAUGCACUUUCUUGUGGCUAUGGUCUCCUCACCAGCAGUAUUUGCUUUUUACUUUGUGGAUGGACUGAAUAUUUGAGUUGCACUUUGUACACGCGCAAUGAACAACGAAGUCCUCGUGGAAGACCCCAACACGACUGGAAUGUUGUCCAGUUAUGAAUUAAUUAAGUAUGUCCAGUGUUACUGAGACUACACCCUACCGUAUGGAUUCACUAGGAAUGUUCGGGAUUUCUACUUAUCCUUGGGAAAAUAGGCCAGUAGGGAUACCAAAUCUCCAUCGUUCAUUGGCCGUGUAGUUCGUGCAGUCAAAUGCACCAUUCGAUUGCGAGAUGAAACCCAGUAUCAACAUGCACGUUUGUUAUAAUGUCCUAAAUGACUACAUGAUUGUCUUCCUGGUACCUGACCAUUUAAGUAUGUUAUAUAUUUUUGGUGCAUCUAUUUAUGGUGUAACGGAAACUUUAUAAUGUAAAGCGUUUUGACAUAAAGCAUUUGUUUUUGUUUUUUAUAUGUGUGCCAAACUGUUUUAUCAGCCUCUGUAUUAUUCCUCAUACUGUAUUAAUCUUCUAUAUAAAUAUCUGUACAUUUCUUCGUAAAUUUUCUUUGAUGUUGAUUUGCUUAUGGCUUUUUGUCAACACUGUCACACAAAAGCUUAUAAUGUGACUGGGAUUUGUGUUGCCAAUUUUAACAGUAAAAUCCUUUGAAGUAUACGCUACUGAUCGUAACGGCACCGUAUAAAUGUUUUAAACGCAUGCACGUUUCAUUAAUUCAAAUUAUUAGCGGUUGACAUGUAGCACAGAAUGGUAUCUGCUGUAUACAUGUUUUAUUACGCCUGGUAAAAAAAUUGUGUAAAUUUUAGCGCGCGGACAGUUGCAAUAUCCUAACUUCAAAGGGCUGCCGACUGAAAAUAAUGCCAGCCACGAGCGAUAUCUACUCAUCGUCUCUGAAAAGAAAACAAAUCUACAUUGUUUACCAUUGAAAUGAAGCGAUACGUUAACACACCUAGUGAAACAAAAUUUGUCAAAGCCCUUGAAAAUAAUAGGCAAACUCUAAAACGUUUACAGGGCCUGUUCUUAUUCAGUUUUCUUUGUGUAUCCGUGGUGGGGCGGAUUGAAAUCGUAUUUGUAAGUUAUUUUUCGGAUAUUUAUUAUUCAUUGGCUGUGCUUGUGAUAAUAAUUGGGGAAGUUAUACAAUAGCUGUAAACUAUUGAGGACGAUUCUGUUUUUGAACACGUCAGGUAGGACAGUCUGUGAUGAUUUUUGUCACUGAUGACAUUUUUAGCUGUUUAUCACUGUUACUUUAAUACAGCUAUGGGAAGAUCAAGGAUGGAUCCAGAACCAAUUUCUCGGAGGGUACCAAAAAUGGAAAUAAUUGCAUGCAACCCUUAUGGCCUCACUGAGUGUUUCGGCUAUAUUUUUUUGGGGGGGGGGUGUAUCAUACACUUUUGGAAGGAAAGGAAAUGAAAUAGAUCCCCCAAAAUUUGCCUUUAAUUUGAGAUUAGUUUUUGGCUCCAUGACCUUGGGUCCCCGUUGCCCCCCCCCUCCGCCCUUGAAACGGAUUUUAGUUCAAUCUUGCAGAAUGCGUUAACCUGUAAGCAUGUAUCUAAACCUGAAUGUAGUUUACAUUCUAAGGGUUUUGAGAUUGGCAUUAUUUUUGGUCGGCUAAAUGUAUGUAGAAGUGCUUAUUAUAUCCCUGAUAAUUAACCCCUGUUGAGGGUUUGAUGUAUGUAUACUCUUAUCGGUAAAAACCAAAAUAAAAGCUGUAGAUAUCCCGCCUCAUACGGAA